GAGGAAGUCAGCACAAAAGCGAGCAGGAUUGGUCAAGCGAGACGAACUGGUGUUGCAUUCUGACUGCAUUCCAACUUUGUGGCAAGGCAAGAACAGGGAGAGGACCACUCGACCAUCGUUCUGAGGAGGAGUGUUGCAAUGUUUUGGACUGUCAUCAUCCUCAGUGCGGUCUUCAUUGGAGGACGCACGUCGCCAACCGUGAGUCCAUCUGCCCCGACAACCAGCAGCAGUGCAGAAGAAACAUGUCACAUCUUCGACUCGGGCCGCUCCGCAGACUGCUUGGGGAGGCAGCUGGAGAGCGUCCCAUGGAGACAAUUUCCGUCCACACUGGAGAAGAUUGAUCUAUCCUAUAAUAAACUUCAAGCAAUCCGUUCGGACGACUUACACCGACUUCCUCGCCUGCGUGUCCUUCUGCUGGGGUACAACAAUAUCUCGCACAUUGACAGUGACGCCUUCAGAAACAACAGCUUGCUGGAACAUCUGAACAUCUUCAACAACUCCUUGCAGGUAAUUCCUGCUGCUGUACUGACAUCUCUCUUGAACUUAAAACACCUGUCUAUGUCCAACAACCUUUACAAACGUGCCACACUGGCUGAAGGCUUCUCCAGGCUGGUCAAACUGCAGGUUCUGUCCAUGGGUGGGCCUUUGGUGGAGGGCCUGAAGAGAGAAGACUUUCAGCCACUGAAGAACAUCAAGUUACAAAGCUUCGCAAUCAAGUGUUCCUCCAACUUAAGCUACUACGAGCCCGGGAGUCUACGCAUUAUUCAAACUUUGCAGAUUGGCUUCGACAUGGCCAUAGACCAACGCCCCGGUGCCCUCCUUCACAUGCUGCACGACCUCGCCAACAAGACCUUCAAUGCCAUCCAGUUCCGCAACCUCUUCGAGUUCAUGUACUACAUGGGAGAUGAUGAUAUCUUCCAGGGUCUAAAGGACAUUAGAGCUUAUCAGAUCAUCUUCCACAGAGGGAAAUUCAACGAGAACCUCCUCAGGAUGGCGUUAAUCAACCUAGAAACGGCCCCCAUCAAGAGGGUCAGGUUGCAGUACAUCGACUUUGCGCGCUCACCAACUUUUUUUGACAGUGGGGCUGAAUCACGCAUCACAGACCUGAAGCUGGACAAACUGGACCUCUGGUAUAUCAGCAAUCCCGAUAUUCUGCGUUUUGACUGGCGCUUCACCUGGUUCAACAAGAUCAAGCAGCUGUCUAUUCAGUAUGUUUACUUUAACUCGGUACCUUGCGACGCCUGGGUGGAGAUGGCAGGUGUGCAGGUCCUCGAUGUCUCCAACAACCGACUCUUGGACGAAUACGUCUUUAACCAGCGCUGCAGCUACAGGGGUGCCAUGCCAAAUCUUCACACCUUCAACCUGAGCACAAAUGAGCUGACCAGCUUAAAAGAAUUGUCACUGCUCACCAGACAGUUCCAGAAUCUGCAAGUGUUGGACGUUAGCAAUAAUAAGCUAGGAUCUGCUGAAAGAAGCCAAGAUUGCGUUUGGCAACAAAACAUUACCAGAAUCAUCGCUCACCACAAUCAGUUCACAACCGAAGCCCUCUCUUGCCUGCCCACCACAGUGCACUUCUUGGACCUGUCCUCCUGCAACCUGGACCAGCUGGACGUAGCGUACUUUGAGAAAGCCACCAACCUGAAAGUGCUUCUGCUGAGUGACAACAAAAUCAAGUUCAUCCCAUCCAAGUGGGAGAGUUCAUCACUGCUGAGCCUGGCUUUGGAUGGCAAUUCAUUUGGUCUCAUUAGCAAAGAAUCAUUCCAGUUAAUGCCUGGACUUGUUCACCUAAAGGCUGGGAACAACCCUUACCACUGCACCUGUGAACUACACGCCUUCAUUGAAGAAACCAAGGAUAAAGAUCAGUUCAAUUUGACAGACUGGCCUUGGAACUACAGGUGUUACCACCCAGAGCAGUUUCUGAACACAGUCAUAUCCCGAUACUUCCCGAGUCAGGUGGCGUGUGAUGUCAGACUGGUUAUCAUCAUCAGCGUUGCAACAACAACGGCGGUCAUUCUGAUUCUGAUGCUUAUUUGUUACAUUUUCGACCUCCCAUGGUACACAAAGGCCACCUAUCAGAUCAUCAAGGCCAAAUACAGAGCUCAUAAGGAGAGAGCUGCAGGAGAUCCUGGACAUUUCACCUAUCACGCCUUCAUUUCCUACAGCCACUGUGACGCAGACUGGGUGAGAGAGCAGCUCCUGCCUUGUUUGGAGGACAGCAGGAACCCCUACCGACUGUGCAUACACGAGAGAGACUUCAUGCCGGGACGGUGGAUCAUCGACAACAUCAUUGAAAACAUCGAGAACAGUUACAAGGUGAUAUUUGUCCUGUCGCGGCACUUCGUCAACAGCGAGUGGUGCAACUACGAGCUGUACUUCGCCCAGCAGCGAGCCAUGGGGAAGACCUUCAGCGACGUCAUCCUGGUGGUCAAGGAGCCCAUCGACCCCGGCUCCCUGCCCAGCAAGUACUGCAAGCUGAAGAAGAUGCUGAGCACCAAGACCUACCUGGAGUGGCCUCAGGAGACCACCCAGCAGGCCUUCUUCUGGGCGCAGCUGAGGAGCGUCCUGGGGAAGCCCACGCCCUCCAAACAGGAGCGGAAGUCGUCCGCGGGGGGCCGUUCUCCGGCUCAGGGGGCCAGGAGGCCGUCUCCUAUUGGGGCAGCAGAGAACAUGAAUGAGGACAAAAUGAGUCAGCUGGAGAAGGCCAUGGAGAGCCUCAUCGCCGUCUUCCACUCGUACUCGUCCAAAGAGGGCGACAAGUACAAGCUGAGCAAAGGCGAGCUGAAGACGCUGCUGCGGCACGAGCUCACCGACUUCCUGGCCGGCCGCAACGACGCGGCCACCAUCGACAAGAUCAUGGCGGACCUGGACGAAAACGGGGACCGCCAACUGGACUUCCAGGAGUUUGUGGUCCUGGUGGCGGCGCUGACGGUCGCCUGCAACGACUUCUUUGUCGGCAGCUGCAAGAAGUAAAUAUGUCAAUGCUCACAACCUCCACCCUAUAAUAAAUAUAUUCAAACCGG